GAACGCCGCCCUCCUCGCCGGUGGCGCGGCCCUCGGGCUGUGGAAGGCGGGCGGCGCCUUCGCCCCGGCCCCCCCGGGCGCAGGCGCGCGGCCGGCCGCCGAGGCCCGCGCGCUGCGCGGCGCGGCGGGUUCUCCGCCGGAGGGCUCCGCCUCCUUGGGCGCGACCGCCGCCCUGGGCUGCGGCGCCGCCGCGGCGGUGCUGGCGGCUGGCGGCGCCCGCCGAUCCAGGCAGGCCGCGCCCAGGACGCCUGUCUCCAGCGGCAAGAUGAGCCCUGGGUACAACACGCUGCCGGAGUGGGAGGGGGUCGCGAGCGGCUUCGAGGGUUCGGUCGGCGACCAAGAGCCCCUAGGCUUCUGGGACCCCGCCGGCUUUACCAAGGACGGGGACGUGGAAAAGUUCAAGCGCCGCAGGGAGGUGGAGCUGAAGCACGGUCGCGUCUCCAUGCUGGCGACCAUCGGCUACAUCGUGCCCGAGUACUUUAAGUUCCCUGGCUACCUGUCGCCCUCCCAGGGGAUCCAAUUCCAGGACGUCCCCAAUGGCCUGGGCGCUCUGUCGAAGGUGCCCCCGGCGGGCCUGGCCCAGUUCGCGGCCUUCAUCGCCUUCCUCGAGCUGGUGUACAACAAGCCCAGCGCCGAGCCGGGCAACUACGGCAAGGGCAACCUGGGCCUGGGCUCGCUCGGCCUCGGGGGCUCCAUCACGGAUCCCAAGCUGAGGGCGAAGAAGCUGAGCGCCGAGAUCUCGAAUGGGCGCCUGGCCAUGGUGGCCAUCAUAGGCAUGUUCUUUCAGGACGGCCUCACCGGUUCUGCGUGGGGGGACUGGGCCCUCUACACUGGCAGCCCCCUGCGCUCCUUCGCCAGCGAGACCGGCGUCACGGCGCCGUUCAAGUACUGGGACCCCCUCGGCAUGUCCGAGGACGGGGACGUGCUGGAGUUCCGCCGCCGCCGCGAGGCUGAGAUCAAGAACGGCCGCGUCGCGAUGAUCGCGUGCAUGGGCUGGAUCGUGCCCGAGUACUUCCGGUGGCCCGGCUACCUGUCGCCGUCCCAGGAGAUCAAGUUCACCGACAUCCCGAACGGCUUCGCGGCGCUCAAGGCGAUGCCGGCCGACGGCUGGGCGCAGAUCGGGGUGUUCAUCGCCUUCCUCGAGCUCUUCCCCCUGAGGCAGGAGAAGGACAGGGCGCCCGGCGAUUUCCCCUCCUGCGGCCGCCUUGGUGUCCCUUGGUUCUUCGUCGCCGGGCGCGCGGGCAGCGACAGCGACCCGGACGCCAACAGGCGGAGCCUGGACGCGGAGAUCAACAACGGCCGCCUGGCGAUGGUGGCGAUCACCGGCAUGGCCUUCCAGAACGGAGCUGCAGACAACCUGCUAUUCUACCACAGCCCCAGAGAGUUGCGGAUUGGAGUGGCGGGGGGCUUCGUCGACAGCUUCAGAGGUUCUGCGCCAGAGGGCUCCGCCUCCUCGGGCGCGACCGUCGCCCUGGGCUGUGGCGCCGCCGCGGCGGUGCUGGCGGCUGGCGGCGCCCGCCGAUCCAGGCAGGCCGCGCCCAGGACGCCUGUCUCCAGCGGCAAGAUGAGCCCCGGGUACAACACGCUGCCGGAGUGGGAGGGGGUCGCGAGCGGCUUCGAGGGUUCGGUCGGCGACCAAGAGCCCCUAGGCUUCUGGGACCCCGCCGGCUUUACCAAGGACGGGGACGUGGAGAAGUUCAAGCGCCGCAGGGAGGUGGAGCUGAAGCACGGUCGCGUCUCCAUGCUGGCGACCAUCGGCUACAUCGUGCCCGAGUACUUUAAGUUCCCUGGCUACCUGUCGCCCUCCCAGGGGAUCCAAUUCCAGGACGUCCCCAAUGGCCUGGGCGCUCUGUCGAAGGUGCCCCCGGCGGGCCUGGCCCAGUUCGCGGCCUUCAUCGCCUUCCUCGAGCUGGUGUACAACAAGCCCAGCGCCGAGCCGGGCAACUACGGCAAGGGCAACCUGGGCCUGGGCUCGCUCGGCCUCGGGGGCUCCAUCACGGAUCCCAAGCUGAGGGCGAAGAAGCUGAGCGCCGAGAUCUCGAAUGGGCGCCUGGCCAUGGUGGCCAUCAUAGGCAUGUUCUUUCAGGACGGCCUCACCGGUUCUGCGUGGGGGGACUGGGCCCUCUACACUGGCAGCCCCCUGCGCUCCUUCGCCAGCGAGACCGGCGUCACGGCGCCGUUCAAGUACUGGGACCCCCUCGGCAUGUCCGAGGACGGGGACGUGCUGGAGUUCCGCCGCCGCCGCGAGGCUGAGAUCAAGAACGGCCGCGUCGCGAUGAUCGCGUGCAUGGGCUGGAUCGUGCCCGAGUACUUCCGGUGGCCCGGCUACCUGUCGCCGUCCCAGGAGAUCAAGUUCACCGACAUCCCGAACGGCUUCGCGGCGCUCAAGGCGAUGCCGGCCGACGGCUGGGCGCAGAUCGGGGUGUUCAUCGCCUUCCUCGAGCUCUUCCCCCUGAGGCAGGAGAAGGACAGGGCGCCCGGCGAUUUCCCCUCCUGCGGCCGCCUUGGUGUCCCUUGGUUCUUCGUCGCCGGGCGCGCGGGCAGCGACAGCGACCCGGACGCCAACAGGCGGAGCCUGGACGCGGAGAUCAACAACGGCCGCCUGGCGAUGGUGGCGAUCACCGGCAUGGCCUUCCAGAACGGUGUCACGGGCACCACUGGCCCAGAGAUGUGGACGCCGUAG